GUAUGUUGAGCCUAUCAUUGUGACAAAUUGCCCAGUGGAUGGUUCCAGCUUGAAGAUUCCAUUCAUCCGACAAACGCCAGGCGACGGAUUGGGGAUAAGUCUUACAGCCGAGGGACCGACGACACGGGUCACACGAGUACCUGGCGAUGAUGAGAAUUUCGAUGUCGGUGUCACUCCAGUUGUGUACACAUUUACUGACGAGUCCAAUCCAACGAACACUGCAACAUGCACUUUCAAUGUCACCAUAAUUCCACAAUGUGGCAGUUCUGGUCAGACCUUGUGCUUCGGUAGAUCACUAAGUGCUGGCGAUGUUUGUGUAGCAACGAUGACUCUUUGCGACUCUCCAAAUGGAGCGGGCUACUUAGAAAAUCCUGACUACUCUGGUGACAGUUGCAGAGAUAAGAUUUGUGGACGUGGGGAUGCGAACCUUCUGCGUUCCUGCACAGACUCCCACGAGUGGGACAAUGCCAUGGCAACGGAUUACCCAGAAGGAGCUAUCAGUUUCAUUUCUAGAUUUGCUGUGCCAGCGAUCAGUCAGGAUUCAAUUCAUCUAACUGCGGUACGUGUAUCAUGGGGCCAGUUUGAUGAGUUGUAUUCACCGGAAAUAACUAGCAAUAAACGGGGUGCCUUGAUCUUUGUGAACAUAUCCACACCCGUCCAAAACUCUGUAGAAACUUUUUGGGUCUACCCCAGACUGACUACUCCAGAAACGGCAGAAGUCACACUGCAAGUCCCACUUCCCGUCCGGCAGGGAGAUAAUGUCGCGAUAACGGUGGCUUACGCGGAGCACAGAUCAAACCAGUGUUUAGAUCCUCUGCCCAUUCAGAGCACGUGCACUGACUGUCUGUCUGUUCAGUAUAGAACCCCCGCUGCUGAUUGCAAGGUGUCGGACACUUGUCACCAAGAAUACCUGUCAUGGAAAGGAGACGACCCUUGCGUGAUUGUAAACCAUGACACAGCCAUAGAAGAAAUCGUUAGACCUUGCUUGCCCCUGGCCGAAUUCCAAUUUGUCAGUCCAAACCAGACAGCGGCUGAAGGAGAGUCAGUGUCCCUGUUCUGCUUGGGAACCGGCCUUGUUCAACCGGUAGUCGAGUGGUAUGACGUUAGUGAUAUCGUUCAGGUCAGGGGAAAUGGUUCCGCAGUACUUGAGGUUGUCGUAGACUCCACACCACAAAGCUUUCAAUGUUUCCUUGAUCGUUACACUGCGGGAGCUGUCACGCAUGAGACUGUGACAACUGUUUCUUCAAUCUCCGAUGAAUGCCAGAGUCUAUCUGCGGAGCUUCGCCUGUUCUCGACCGAUGAAGCUGGUUGCUUUUCACUCUCUCAAAGAAUGGGCAUUGAAGGACUUGACUUAGAUAGGAUCUACAUAAGUAACUCCUUAACAGGUUGGACGACAGAAGUGUUCAUUUACCAGAUCACAGUUUCCUCAUCAGUGCUGCGUGGACAACUCGUAAACCGAUACGGGCAAGACGCUGUACCCAUUGUCGUAUCUGUUGUUUUGGAAAUGAGUCCCGAUUACUUUUUAUCUCAACCAAGACAAACCAUUGAAGAGUACAGAAGGCAGUAUGACUUGAUGUACGUGCCCAACGAUCCUGAGACCAUCCUGACAUUUGACCUGACGCCCCCGCUUCAGGCCAACUCCAACUUCGGGUGGAAUGUUUCUUUCGCUGUUCCCGAUUUGAGACCCUCUUCUGAGAUAAUUGGAGGGGAGCGAAUUGGUCAACCGCCACAGGCAGUGGCACUCAACUGCUCUGAUACGACCAGUGUGGACUGUGCAGAUCUCACAGCCCCAUGGUCAAACGCACUGCAGCGCUACAACCAGGCAGGCUGCAACACCGCCCGCAGUUACCGGUCACUUCACGAAGCAUACAGAAUCUGCAGAAAUAUCUCUGUGGCUGAACCACAGAUUGUAGUGUCUCCCUCUUCAGCCGAUGUGCCAGUCUAUGGGGAGGGGUCGAGCCCUGGAGUGACCUUUGACUGCUACAUUGAGAAUGCUGUGGAGUAUCGAUGGUACAAGACGGCACCAGCUCCUUCUGAGACUUUCAUCCGGACCGGGAACCAGCUGGUGUUUCAGGGUGUCAGAGAAAACCAAGACCAAGGCGCGUACGUCUGUGAGGGCAUCCCGGGCAAACCUUACGAGAACAAGAAAGUGCGGACGGAACUGGCAACGUUGACUCUAACAGAAGUAACAACUUUCAAGGUGACAAUGAAGCUACUCAACCGUACCUACACGGAGGAUUUGGCAGUUACAGACAGCGAAGACUUUGGGAACCUCCAAUCGGAACUGGAACAAAGUUUUUGGUCUUCUGUUACCAGAAACCUGGAACAGGAACUGGGCAUGCGAUAUAAUACUGAAUUUGAAAUGCUUGCGUUCAGAAAUGGCAGCAUCAUCGCUGAUGUUCUGGUUUUCUUUCGCCGAUUGGAAGGGAAUUGUGGGGGACCCUGCACUUUUGGAGAUUUGGCACUCCAGGAACGGUUGAUAGUAGCGAUCCAGGAAAGACUACAAACGUCUGAGUUCAUGGUGGAAUCUGAGACCAUCAAUGUUGUCAAUUUAGUGUCAUGCCUGCAAGAGGUAUACCUUGAAGGAAAUCUGACGUUCCCACAAACCAGACUUGGACAGACGGCGCAAUCGCUGAACCUCUGCCCCGGGUUCACAACCCGAGCGGGAAAGCCCCGUGCCACCAGAGACUGCGUCGGUGACUUCACAUCUCAACCGCAGUGGAAACAGCCUGUCAUUCUCAAUUGCUUUGCGGGAGACGUCACAGAAAACCUUGAUGAGCUUGCAAAAAUGACAGUGACUUCUGAGAAUGCUGAGGAAGUAGCCAGAGAGAUGGCAUUUCUGACAUCCAACGCCAGCGCCAUCAGUCCCGCGGCAGUAACGUCUGUCGCAGAAAUUCUGGAAAAACUGGCAGUUGCCAACAACACUUCCCCAGAGGUUGCCGUGCAAAUUAUCAGGACAGUCAACAACGUCCUCCAAAUUGACAACGAAACCACCUUGGAUGAGGCAAGCCGUGACAACUCUCCAUCUCGCAUCGUGCUGGCCCUGGAGUCCUUCGUCACAGCGUUGCAUAACAGCGGGGCCGGUAACUUCACCGAGGUACAGAGCAGCGUUGCCGUCCAGGCCCUCUCCCUUCCCCGUCGAGCCCUGUCCAAUGGCCUGGGCUUUGCGUCUUCCCUUGGGGACCCGGGAACUGACGAUCUAACUGUCAAUCAGACCUCUGUGUUCACCAAAGAAGAUCCGCCAAUGGAAACAGAAGCCUCGAUUUUCCUUCCAGCUGAAAUUCUCGAACGUAUAUCAGAAGCAGGCGACAGUGACCAAGUUCCAAUAAGUUUCUUCCUGUAUCAGAACAGCAGGCUGUUUCGUUCUCCCACGUUGAACGAAGCGACGAGGCCCGAGGACGGAGUGAGGCGAGCUGUAGGUAGCCGCGUCAUUGCUGCAACUGUGGAGGGCGUCAAAAUUGACAACCUGCGCAUGCCCGUCACAAACGUGUUCAGUCUGCUAAAUGCGACCAGUGGAAAUGAGACAGUCAGCAGUGCAGAGUGCGUGUUCUGGGAUCUCACUCGGAAUGACGGUUACGGCGAUUGGUCCACCAAGGGAUGCAGGAGCGAAUCCCUGCCCAAUGGCAUCAUCCGAUGUCUGUGUGACCACCUAACCAGCUUUGCUGUUAUUGUGGACAUUCAUGGGCAGCAGGACAGCGUCUUUUUGGAUGUCAUAAGCAAGAUCGGCUGUGCCGUAUCUGUGGUGGCUCUGAUAAUCACUCUGGUCACAUAUCUGUACAGCAAGAAACUUCGGACUAAGCGUCCCCGGCAGAUCCUGAUCAGCCUGUGCUUUGCCCUGCUGGGUCUUUACUUAAUAUUCUUGGUGGGUAUCGAGGCUACGGCUUCCCGGGGAGGCUGCACCUUUGUGGCAGUUUCGAUCCACUACUUCACCUUGGCGUCCAUUGCCUGGAUGGCUGUGGAAGCCACCAAUAUGUACCUUCUCUUUGUCCGUGUGCUCAACGCCAACAUCAGUCACUUCCUGCUCGUGGCCUCCAUCGCAGCCUGGGGUCUUCCAUUGGUGAUUGUCGUCAUUAUUCUAGCUGCUGAUUACACCCAGUAUGAGCACCAGAAUUACUGCUUCCUAAAGCCUGGUAAUGCCAUUUACUACGGCCAGAUACUUCCAAUUGGCUUGGUGCUCCUCUUCAACUUUGUCAUUUUUACGCUGGUGACCCGCAAGCUGACCUGCGCCCGCAAGACCAUCGGGACUUCCUCGGACAAGAGCCAGCGGCAGGAGAGGCUGCGCCGGCUCCAGAACGCCGUGGCCAUCUCAGUCCUCCUGGGCCUGACCUGGGUCUUCGGGCUUCUCUCGGUCAUCCAGGCUGCCAGCUUUGCCUUCCAGGUCCUCUUCGCCAUCUGCAACUCUCUACAGGGGCUGAUGAUUUUUGUCCUGUUCUGCGCCAGACAGAAAGAGGUGCACCAGGUCUGGAGGGAAAUGUUCCCAUGCAAGAGGGAUGCCCACCGCCGUGGAUUGGUGUCCGGUACCGGCCUUGACUCCGGCACCCAAGGCGGUCUCCCGCUGUCCAGUAAGGGCACAAAGACCACCGAUUUCAGUGAAGCAAGUCAGCCUCAAUCCUAGGCUUUCCCCUAGUCUUCCAUAUAUCGCACCAUUUUAACUGUCAGAGCCCACUUAACGUCCCUGUGAAUUUUCUAUUUCUUGAGUUCUGAAUGGAAAUCUUGUCACUACGGGAAAACAAACCCCAUUUCUUAGAGCCAUUGAUGAUACUCCCGUUUACAAUAGAUUUUGCAGUCAGUGCUGAGCAGAAAUAGUAGUUGUGCUGACUGAUAUAAUAUUAUGUGUAGCUGGGAGUCAAGUUUGACUGUUUCCAGUCUAAUCGUACGGACGUACUACUUUCUUUAAAAUCAAAGAAACCACAAUUUUUUUUUUGCUUUUUCGCAAAUUUGCGAAAAGAACCUUUUUUUGUUCUUAAUUUUUUUUUUAGUUUCUUCUUUUUUUUCCCAUGCAAAAUCCCAUAGACUUUGUACAUGAUUUAAGUACACGCCACUUUCGCCAUUUAUCUUUGUCAUACAUCAUUCAAUUUAAGCAUAUAUGCAUUGUCCUUAUAGCAAAGUUGUGUCCCGACGAGUGACGUAAAGAUUACAUCAUCAUGGGUCACGUGACGUUAUCACAAAUGUGCAUAUAUGAAGUGCUAUAUCUACAGAACUGUAAGCUAGUCCAGUGGCAACGGAACCAGGGGGGCACUUGCCCCCCAGUUUUACUCAAGUGCCCCUCUUGGGGACAUAAAUAUUCCCCCGUCGAGAUGAACUUGCCCUAAAAUUUCAGAUAAUUUGUUUUCAGUAUAAACCAUUUCCCAAAAUGGUAUAGAGAGUUCUGAUAUGAACGAGGAAUAUGAAAACCAAGCCCCUAAACCCUUACAAUGCGCCCUGAAAAAAUAAAUGCUUAGUUUGCAUAAUGAUCGGUUUUAAGAGCGCCCCCUAUUUUGGAAGAUGGUAACCCCCCCC